GAGCAUUAGCACCAACCAGCUCUGAGCACCAUCAGUCUCCGGAAAGCCUUCUGAAUUAGACAAGGGCUGCCUCUCAGCACAGCUACAAAACACUUUCAACCUGACCAGCUAAAUGGAUAAACCUAGCCCGCAUAGCUUUUAAACUGGGGUCUCACACAGCACAGGCGGCCUGCUUGCUUCAACAGCUGAAAAAUCCUGAGGAUGAAUUGCUUUAUCUGGGAAUGGCAAAAGCCAGCACAAUAAGGAAUGCCAGGUUUCCGACUAAUCACGCAGCUGAAAGGCAUGAGUGUGUUUCUGGUGCUAUUUCCCACCCUGCUGCUGGUGAUGCUGACGGGGGCUCAGAGAGCUUGCCCGAAGAACUGCAGAUGUGAUGGCAAGAUUGUGUACUGUGAGUCUCACGCCUUUGCAGACAUCCCCGAGAACAUUUCUGGAGGGUCACAAGGUUUAUCCUUAAGGUUCAACAGCAUUCAGAAACUCAAAUCCAAUCAGUUUGCCGGCCUUAACCAGCUUAUAUGGCUUUAUCUUGACCAUAAUUACAUUAGCUCAGUGGAUGAAGAUGCCUUUCAAGGGAUCCGCAGACUGAAAGAAUUAAUUCUAAGCUCCAACAAAAUUACCUAUCUGCACAAUAAAACAUUUCACCCAGUCCCCAAUCUCCGCAACCUGGAUCUCUCCUACAACAAACUUCAGACCUUACAAUCUGAGCAGUUUAAAGGCCUCCGGAAACUCAUCAUUUUGCACUUGCGAUCGAAUUCCCUAAAGACCGUGCCCAUAAGGGUUUUUCAAGACUGCCGGAACCUUGACUUUCUGGAUUUGGGUUACAAUCGCCUCAGAAGCUUAUCCCGAAAUGCAUUUGCUGGUCUUCUGAAGUUGAAGGAGCUCCAUCUGGAGCACAAUCAGUUUUCAAAGAUCAACUUUGCUCAUUUUCCUCGUCUCUUCAACCUGCGAUCCAUUUACCUGCAGUGGAACCGGAUCCGCUCUGUGAGUCAAGGCCUAACAUGGACCUGGAGUUCCCUGCACACCUUGGAUCUAUCAGGGAAUGACAUCCAAGCGAUUGAGCCUGGCACAUUUAAAUGCCUCCCCAAUUUGCAAAAAUUGAAUUUGGAUUCCAACAAGCUCACCAACGUCUCCCAGGAGACCGUGAAUGCAUGGAUAUCCUUAAUAUCCAUCACCUUGUCCGGAAACAUGUGGGAAUGCAGUCGGAGCAUCUGUCCUCUGUUCUACUGGCUGAAGAAUUUCAAAGGGAAUAAAGAAAGUACCAUGAUCUGUGCAGGGCCUAAGCACAUCCAGGGUGAGAAGGUCAGUGAUGCUGUGGAGACUUACAACAUCUGCUCUGAGGUCCAGGUGGUCAACACAGAAAGAUCACACCUGGCACCUCAAACUCCCCAGAAGCCCCCGUUCAUCCCCAACCCUACCAUCUUCAGACCUGAUGCCAUCCCAGCGACCCUGGAGUCAGCAAGUCCAUCCCCGGGCUUUCAGAUUCCAGGUACGGAGAAUGAGUACGAGCACGUUUCAUUUCACAAAAUUAUCGCAGGAAGCGUGGCUCUGUUCCUCUCGGUGGCCAUGAUUCUCCUGGUGAUCUAUGUGUCUUGGAAAAGGUACCCAGCCAGCAUGAAACAACUCCAACAGCACUCGCUUAUGAAGAGGCGGCGGAAAAAGGCGAGGGAGUCAGAGAGACAAAUGAAUUCCCCUUUACAGGAAUACUACGUGGACUACAAGCCUACGAACUCUGAGACCAUGGAUAUAUCGGUUAAUGGAUCUGGUCCCUGCACAUAUACCAUCUCUGGCUCCAGGGAGUGUGAGGUAUGAACCGUGAUCCUCCUAAAACCAUUUCUACUGCGGGGAAGGAGAGGUAAAUGUUUGAGGCUCUAGAGGUGUGUCUAAUCACUAGAAAGAUUAACGACCCUCUUGCUUUGGGGUUUGCUCAGUUUGAAAGGUUACUUAAUUAAAUCGCAACCACCAGGAAACUGACUACUUUAAAAAAAAUGGUCGAAACUUGAAAGAAAAUCAUUCAAGGAUGGGAUUAAGUUGUAAUAAAAUACUAUGUUAAAACACCUGUUUUUUUUUUCUAUCUUCCUUUUUCUUUUUCUAAAACAGUUUGUAUAAAGGGGUUGGACUUAGAAAAAUGAAUUCUCACAAGCAAAACCAUUCUGAAAUUUAUGUCUGGUUCUUGGUGAUUGACUUUUGUAAUGGGGUGAAGAUGAAAGGGCCAGCUUAAUUUAAAAAUCAAAGUCAGCUAACCAAAAUUAUAGGUGGUAGUAAAGAUUUAAACCAAAGAGCAUUUGACCCAAGGUUUGACUUUUUUUUAUUUUUUUAUUUAUUUUAUUUUAUUUUUUUUAGCUGUUAACUUUUAGCUGAAUUAAAGCAUGCAACCAGGAAGUCACAGCCAUGACACACGUGUUUUGUUCAUUAUUAUACCAGCCUAGAGAAUAUCCAAGGCCUACUGUAGAAUUGUAUAGAAUUGUAUGAGUCUCCUAAGGAUACUUUCUGUCUACUGUCAUUGAUUUCCCUUUGUUUUUAAUUACUGGGACAGGGAUCCCUUUCCAAAGCUUCCUUACAGGCUGGCUACUUGUGUUUUACUAGAAGAGAACUGGAUUUCCAUACUUUGCCUGCUCCUUUGGUAACUAACAGAAGGCCAACUUCUAGUGGAUGACUUGGCAAUAAUACAACGAGAGUUAUAACAGAGAGUACUUGUCACCUUUGCUGUCAUCCUCAAAAAAAAUGACAUGGAUUCUUAUCAAUCUGACUCAAAACUAAGGGAUGCAAAUAUUUAUGAAUAAAACGUUUAAUUUUUGCUAGAGUCUUCCUCUUUUGCGUUAAAUCCUCAAAGGGGUGUCUGGAUUUCAUGUUGGAUUCUUUCCAUUGAUAUGAGAAUAGGUUUUGUCUAGUUUCCAAGUAUUUAAUUUAAGAGAUCACUUACCAGAACACUUUACGUAAAUAGAACAGUGGUCUCCCACUUCCAUUUUGUGACUGAAUUAUAUUGGAUGUAUGCUGUUCUCUCCUUGGUAAAAUCAUACUACAUAACCUCCAACUACCAGUUUUUGUUGCCAGAAUACUUUAGCUAUUAGAAGUUUGUUCUGGCAAUUGACUCUUAUAGUAUCUGGUAUUAUCUAAUUUUCAAAAGUGAGUUGUAAUGAGUGUUUAAAGAUGGUGCUCUUUCUAAUGCUACUUAUAUCAGUUAGGAAACAUAAUUUGUUCUUUGGUAACAUAUACCAAGUUUUCCACAGACCUAAAUACGGACAUUAAUGAGUGUUUUCAGAUGCUGCGGUGAAUUUAAAAUAAUCUCAAACUUAGUACAGUUUGGAUUCUUUGAACUGUUCUUUGCUGAGUUUGUUUUCUCUUUAUCUCUCUCUUUUUUUGUUUGUGUACCAUUGAAAAUAAAAGAAAACAUAAUCCCAAAUAAUAAAUCCCCCAAAGA